GGACAAGUUAGAGCGUCGGACCCAUUCAGGAAGCGUCCCGGCUGUGACCUGCUCCUCCGUGUUAGCAUCGGUGAAAUGGACCUGUAGCUGCUGAGAGGAGUCAUGUUUACCUUAAAGGCGUUGCGGAAAAAUAAAACAGUCAAAUAUGGAGUCCCCAUGGUGUUGCUCAUAGUCGGAGGUUCCUUUGGCCUGCGAGAGUUUACACAAAUUCGUUACGAUGCCCAGAAGAUCAGAAAGAAGCUGGAUCCCUCACUGGAGGCCAAAGUGAACGUCCAGAAGCAGUCAGCCAUACUGGAGGAGGAGUACGAGAAGUUGAGGGAGGUGAAUUUGGAUGAAUGGAAGAACAUCCGUGGCCCUCGCCCCUGGGAGGACUCCAAGGAGUACCAGGAGCAGCAGCGCAGCAGGCAGAAUAAAAACGUUUGAGGUCCAGGAAAGCCAGGCACACACAGCAUCAGGACGGACUAGAUACGUGUGGAUUGAGCGUGCGGUGAAUUCAUCGCUCAGAGCCAAGUAUCCCAUGGGCUCGACUUGUUGGAUCUGUGUUCAGUAUUUGUAACAAGUCUCUUUUGAUUGCAACACAUUGAGGACGACUAGUGGUCAAAAAGGAGCCCGAAACUUUGAAAUAACUUCAAGGUUGAUCUUAAAUUUAAAGAUGUAAGAAUAAAGCAGUCCCAUGUUGAUGGUUCUUCUCCCCUCUGAGGAGUUUCUAAUAUAAAUCAGCCAGUAGGUGGCACACCUGUGUCCUGCUGCACCUUACCUUUCACACUGAAAGCCAGGAAGGAUAUAUAUAUAAAUAUAUAUGUCAGUGUAUGAUUUCCAUGUCUCAAUAAAUUAUGUUCUAUUGAUCCAAA